CGUGCGGCGGCGGGGCAUCAAAAGAAAGCGACGCUGCUGCGACUUGGUGCUUUUGUGUGUAACUCUAAAUCUAAAGCUACGUUUAAAGAGCUUCAGCCUGUCCUCUAAAGGAAUACGUUUCACUUCUGUUGGAUUCCAAGAUGCUGAAAGUGACCCUCGUGUUGGUUUUACUGGCUGCUGCUGCCUUGGCCGAGUCGGUACGAGAGACAGAAACAUGGAUGCCUCCAAAGCCUGGGACAUCACACGAAGACUUCGACUCAUCUGGUGAUUUCAUUUUUCCCAGUGAGGACAGCACAAGAUAUGAUGAUGAGGACAAUGAUGGGGACGAUGAUGAAAUAUCAGGCUCUGGUGAUGACAAGCCAUUAGUGAAGAACAAUGAAGAAGUUGCAAAAUCUGAGCCUAAAGACUUUGAUAACCGCAUCCCAGAGAUAGAUGUUCAGCCUCGGCCAACAGAUAAUGAGAUGCAGCUGGUGAGAGAGAACGAAGUUGCUCAUCCUCCCAGUGUCCAGCUGUCUCACGCAGGAGAACAGAACAUUUUUAACAAGACAGAAGUGCUGGCCGCUGUUAUUGCUGGUGGUGCAGUUGGGCUGCUUUUUGCUGUGCUUCUCAUCCUCCUCCUCGUCUACCGCAUGAAGAAAAAGGACGAAGGCAGCUACGAUUUGGGCAAGAAGCCCAUUUACAAGAAAGCUCCCACCACCGAGAUCUACGCAUGAACACAAACAUUCUUGAGCUAACUCAAAUAUGAACUCUGAACUCUCAAAUCACACAGUGCCUCUGACGCACAGCUAGGCUCCAUCUCUCUGUCUAGCUUGAGAAACCGCAAACCAGCAUCUCAGAUGAAACCGUGAUUACUCUGACUGCAUAUUUGAAUUUAACUUUAUCAGGAGAUAAGGUGCUCUGUUGCAGCCUGAACUGUAUAAGUCCUGACAUUUUCCUUUUUGUGUCUGGUUUCCCAUUGUUUUGCUCAAAGUAAAUAGCCAUUGUUAUCCUUUUCUUUACUUCCCUGUUUUGUAACACUAAAAGGUGCAAAUGGGGCCCUUUUGCGGCUGAAAAAUAUGGAUUCAAAGUCUGUACAAAACUUUGAAACCGUCAAAACUGACUCUAUCUGCACACGCCUGUGUCAUUUAGCAGAAGUAUGUGCUGUAGGUGCUGGGGAACGUUACUGUAGCCUUUUGCUUUUAAAGAAACUGUACUGAUUAAUUUUUUUCCAUUCUUAGGGCAAAGCGGUAAAAAUUGAUACUCGAGAAUUGAGAACAUUCUGUUCAUCUUCUGAAAGCGACCUUGGGGCAUUAACGUUAAUGUAGGUUAUUUUUAACACAGCAAAUAAGGUAUUCUUACAUUCCACAUGUCUAUAUUGUCUAUGUUAAUUAUGAAUGAUCAAGUUUCAGACUAAAAUAAUUAAGUAUCCCGGUCACUGAGCUUAGCUGCGCCUCUUACUUUGAGUUGACAAUUACACAUAUUUUUUGCAGAAGACCUCAAGAAAGAUCUCUGCAAACAGUUUUCUCAUUUCCAGGGGUCUGUAAAUAGCCGUUAGAAUAUGUUGAAAGUGUACACCUUGGUACGUGGCCAUUUUUGCCGAACUUCUAUUUACCAAAUAUUUAAAUGCCAAAAUAAUUCUCUUCUUGUUUUGUCCCGGUAUUGAGUAUGCAAAUUAAACAUAGAGUGAGUGACUCUUUAUUGUUUUUAUAUUGCUUCUUUACCAGUGCAAAAUGGGUGUCUCAAAUUGAUGACCAAUGCUUAUACUAACUUUUGUUCUGUUUCUCAGUGUUUUUAUAGUUAACGUUUCCUGUCUCUUUUCAGUGUUUCAUAGAAUACUUCUUUUUUAUUAUUAUAUUGUGUUAAUUUAACUUUUGAAUAGACUAUUUUAUUGCCUUCCUUCAGGUCGGGGGUUUCUUCCCCAUCUAAGCUGUACAUGUGAUUUUAGAAAAGAGAAAUCUAUACACUAGUGGAAGAUUUUUUUUCGAAGAGUUUUGAUGCAUUUUUUAUAUUGUAAGAGUUUUUAUUUCUUUUAGUCCUUUUUAAGUGAUGUCUAUUUAUAUUUUGUAGAAGGAUACUCGUACUAGUUACAAGGUGAAUGAAUGAGCCAUGUUAUUUGCAUGGGGUGAAAGUAUGAAAAUUUGCUGCUUUUUUCCUUCAACACAUGAUGUGAAAUCACCGAUGUAGUGAAGAAAUCAGUGGAUCGUUGGUUUCUGCAUGCAGGUUCUAAUCUGAUCAGAAAUAAAGUUAUUUUUGUGCACAUUACCAAA